AUUUCACCGCGUAUCGGGCUCCGGGCAGCCUGGUAACAAGUCCCAGCGACCUGCGUCCGAGGGAUCACGUGGUCAGGGGACUGCCGGUGCGAGCACGAGCCAGGGACGAUUCGCUUCUUUCCCGGCGAUGAAAACGAGUGGCGAAUGAAUGGGAGUGGCCAGCAUUCCGGACUGUAAAGAUCAGCGGGCUUGCGAUGAAUGGAACGCUUUAAGAACGAUCCGGAAAAUGGAUGUCGCCAAGAGUGCAACGGAGGAUUUCGUGACGGUGGUGAGCGUGGAGAGCCAGCCACCGCCGGAGAAUUUCGUCACGGUGCUGUCAAUCGGCAGCGGGAAGAAAGAGGAUGAACCGGCUCCCCCCUUGGUCACCUUGCUCAAGAGCAAUGGCAUCGACGGGCCACUGGAGGAGGAGGUGGAGGUCUACCGGCUGCCCGGGGAGCGACUGGGGUUCGGGUUGAAGUUCGAGGGUGGAAACAAGACGUCCGAGAGGGUGAGGAGGCUGUUCGUUCAGAGCUGCGCGGAGCAGAGCCCCGCGAGCCGGGCCAAGUGCUCGUGGGGCACGCUGGGCGAGGGCGACGAGGUACUCUCGAUAGACGGUGUACCAGUGACACACAUGACUCGACUGGAUUGCGUGAGGCGGCUGAAGGAGUCGCAGCUGGUUAUCAAGCUAAUGGUUAGGUGCAGAGGAGCGCUGAGGCCCGAAGUCGUGAGCGCAGAGAAAAAGAGUUCGCCGGAGAAAAACAAAGUGCCGCCCGAAUUGCCUUCGGCGCCACCGCCCGUGCCGCCGCGGAAGCUCAGGCAAGCCCGAGGUCUGGCCGACGGCGAGGCGAAUCCGAGUCCUGUGAAGAAGUCCUGGAACGGAUCCAGGUCGCAGAGUAGCUCGCAGACCAGCUCGCAGACCAGCACGCAGAACAAUUCUCAAAAUGCCUCCCCGAGCUCGCAGCCCGCCAGUCAGAUCGACAACAGCAAGUCGACCUCCUUCGAGAGCUGCGAGUCCUCGCCGAAGAGUGCCAACGGAUCCGUUCAAGACAGUCCCAAGGGAUCGCCGAAGGAACGAUCGCCGGAGCUCGCGAAAUCCAAGCAGGAACCUCCGGAAGCGAUGGUGUACGUGGACGCAAGAUCGCAGUGCGGAUCGACGCACGGAAGCACGUCCGACGACACUGGAAGCUCCAUGUCCACGGUGAUCGACCGAUUCUCCACCUCCGACCGAGUAUCCACCAUUUCGACCGCCUCCACCGCGUCCACCACGUCCGAGCAACCCAACGAAUUUUCGCGAAUCGACCAAGAUUUCGACCGAUCGUCCGACCGCGACUCGCAACUCUCCAAAGCCAUCUGUUCCUUCGACAACUUGGACGAUUAUCCGUCGAACCCGCCCGAUUACCUGCUUCGUCGCCUAGCCAGCUCGGAGGCGGUAACCCACGUGGAAUCCCGAGGCGAAGUGGAGAAGAUCACCGCGGUGGUGGCACCGAACACGGUGCUGAUCGAGGAAACGAUCACCUUUCAGCCGCCGUUGAGCUUCCAGGACGCGCCGCUGAGCUACGGCCACGAAGCCAGGCCUGACCUUUUUUACACGGCCGAUCUGGCCGCCGACUCGACCACGCAUUUCAGGCCAAUUAAGGACGACGUCGAGCUCGUCGAGCGCGUGAACAGCAUCCACGAGGAAUUCCACGCGGCGAGCUCCUUGCCGGAGCCUGAGAAGCACAAGGAAACGUCCGGUGGACGAGCCUCGGACAGGACGCCUCCGCCUCUGCCGGCGAGGAAUCACGUAAACAGGAUCAGCGUCAAUCAACCGGGCAACGAUCGCGCCGCAGACUCCCGUUCCCAGAAACUGUCCGAGCAAUCUAGCAUCGAGGCUUCCGACAGCCAAGAUGCACCUGUUCUACCGCCCAAGCCGCUGCCAAGGAGAGACGUGAAGAUCAGACGGAAGAGACCACCGCCGCCACCACCGCCACCCACGAUCGUGCCCCGGACCGAGGUCAAGCCCUCCGCGUUGCCCGAGUCCGGACAAACGAGUUUCGAGCACGAGUCCGUGGAACCCCAACGCCUGAGCGUCGACGUCGCCACCGGCAAGCUCGAGGACGCUGUCGCCAGCAUCCCCGUUCGCUCCAAGCUCGAGGACAGGUCAAAGACUCUGGACAGACGCGAUUCCGACGCGUGUUCGACGUCGUUCAAGAACGUCGGCGUCGAUGCGUGCGACUCGGAGAAGAAGAGGACCGAGGAAACCGACGACACCGAGUCUAUGGACAACUACGACUUCUUGGAGGACGACGGACACAGGACGAACAAGGUCUUGGAGAUCAUCGAGAUAAGGAAAGCGAAAGCGUUGCCCCCUCGCAGGACCAAUUCCAUCUUGCGCAGAGAUGUCGACGAGGAUACCGGGAAAGCCAAAUGCUCCACCGAGAGCGAACGGAGGAUUGACAGCGAGAGGAUCAAGGUUGUCAAUUCGGCCUGUGGGACCUAUCAACAGGAGAGACCCAAGCCUGAAAUGAGAAACGCGUUGACCAGUUCGACCGAGACGAGCAUCUCGGACGAAGAUGGCGAACAGGUGACAAAGUUCAACGAACCUAUAGACGAGUCGGACGAGAAAGGUUCCUCUGGAAGUGACAGUCUGGAAAGGUCCAGGGGAUGCGACUCGGUGUCCAAGAAGGACGAAUUCGGACGACGGGAGAGCGACGAGAGCGAGGAAUCCUAUCGGUCGUGCAACGACGUUAGCGUGCACAAUUUGACAGCUAGUCGCACUCGGAGCAGCAAGGAGAUGAUCGAGGAUGACGACACGAGCGAAGAGAGCGACGAUGGGGAUUAUUAUUGGCAGAGCAACUUGGCCACCAUAGGCGAGGAAGAGGAAACGAACUCUCUCGAAUACACGAACCCGAACAAAGAGACGAUGGAAGCGGAGGUGAGCGCGGCGGGAAAAGCGGAACGACAGGAAUCGCCGGGCAAGAAGGACACGUGCAAUGCAAAUGCGCGGAAUGACGAGGUAGACAACGCGACUCGAAGCGCCAACUUCCCCGAGGCCCCGGCUGAAAAUCUCCACGCAGAGACGGUAAAUGGUAGGAUGGACAACUGCGGAGGCGGUCAACGCCUGCCCCCGGACGGGGACGAGUUUCCAGCAGCCUACCAAGAGUUCGGUGGCAACAGCCAGCAGUACCGUUUCGUGACGACGAGCACCGCGACGGCGAGGACGUCGACGAUGAUAUCGAACGGUCGGCUCGUUUGCAACGAGAACGAUUCGUUCAUGGGUAACGAGGGCUUCAAGUUGCUCGAGGGCAACGUGGUCGCGGCCACUGGCAUCAUCCUGCCGGACAACGGCAGGAUCACCGGGCUGGCCAACGUGGAGAACGUCUGCCAGGAGGUGAGCAAGAUCGAACUACCGAGCAUCGAGAUAAACGGCAAGAUGAGCGUCGAGAACGUUUGUCAAGAUAUGAGCAACGCGCUGGCCCGCGAGGCCCGCGUGCCGGACGACCCAAAGCCGUACAUCUCGGACGACUUUGUUAAAAAGGCUUCGUCCGUGACCAACUACUCCAGCUACGGGAAUCAAGGUGACGGGAACGUUCUGGUAUCGGAGAAGAAGAUCGAGAUCACGGGAUACUAUCACAAAGACGCGCCGGUGAUCGAGGAGGCCCAGGACCAUGGCGAGAAGGACGCCUCGGACACGCCUCCACCGCUCCCACUCACGGGCCCACCCAAGUUGGAGAUCAUCGCCACCCCGACGUACGCGAGGAACUUGCCGAUCUUGGAGCCGACGCAGCGCAAGUUCUCGUUGAACGGAGAGCUAUGGAGGCAGGACGACAAGUCCGAGAGAUCCGUCAGGGAUAAAAUAGCCAUGUUCUCCUCGCAGAGCAGUUUGGACGGCCCGCUCUUUCCCAACUCCAUGGUGGUCGCGGCUGCCACCAACAACGGCCGCAGACUGUCCAAGUACAAGUCCACGGAGGACGUGUGCAGCGACGAGAAGAGCUGCGGACAGAAGGAGAGGACCUCCUUCUUCGCCGACAGAACCCAGAGUUCUUUCGACUUGACGGACUCGGGGAGAAACGUUAGUCAGGAUCCCGGGAAGAAGUACAAUAGGCAACGAUCACCUAGUGUAACGCAGAGUCCGUCCUUCACCUCGCCCAGCAUCUACGCUUCCAAGGUGUUCCCGAUCGUGCCACAGAAACCGAUCGCGUCCACCACGUCGUCGCUGAUAAACUCCUUCGAAACGUCCUCCGUACCUAAAUCCUCGGUCAAGAGUUACUCCUUGACAGCGUCGAGUCAAAAUUCACCGAGCGUCGCGAUAAAGCCUAUCGUGUCGUCGAUACUGUCUCGCGCAACGAGCUUCUGCGGUUCCACGCCCUACUGUCAGGAUCGAACCAUCGCGACCAGCGAACUAUCGAUACCCUCGCAAAUCACCAGGACCAACUCGUUAGCGUCCACGUUCAAGAGGCCCAACGAGGACAUCAGAAGGAACAGCUUGAAUCAACUGAUCGAACAGAGGAAGAGAUCGAUAUCGAAGCUCAGAGGAUUGGUCAUUCCCGAGAAGGAAACCAUACCUAUCGACACGCCCAUCGUCGAUCUACCGGAAAUCAAGUCGAGGGAUUCGAUAUUGCUGCACCAGAUAACCAAGGCGAACAUUCAGGACAAAUGGGGCUCGCAGAGUUCCCUGGCGAGCAACGCGAGCACAGCCAGCGUACCUCUGAAAGCCACCACUUCCUUCAAGAUGUCAACGCCACAGAUCAACGCCAAGUACUCGCCGGCUUUCAAGAGAAAGAGUCUCGCGGUGUACGGCACGUCGUCGACCAAUUCGCCCAUAAACAGCGGAAUAAAGAGUCCCUCGGUCACGUCGACCACCUCCUCUACGCCGACCUUCUCCGAACCCCCGAAAAGUUUGGAGAGUAUCUGCAGUCCGACGAGAAGCGACUACAGCUUCGAGUACGCGUCCACGGCUAGCUGCUCACCGGAGGGACUGCGCAGCAGACCGAAAACGAUGCAGAGAAAGACCAGGAUGGACUACGACGAUUCGGACAACGAUUCCGCGGUGAGCAGCUCGCAGAGCAGCAUCUCCCGAGGCUUCAGCCCACCCAUGUCGCCGGUCCCCUCGGAACGAUCCACGGUUUCGUCGGAGAGAUCCUACGUGUCGACCGAGGCCAACUAUCAACGGCGAUCUCUCAUCAUGGACAGCCCGACUAGAACCUACUCCAGGGAAUCGAGCAUGGAGUACGGUACCAGGUCGAACGUAAUGAGCGACAGAGCGUUCAUCUCCGAGAGAUCUUCAUCGAGCAGUAGCAGCUCGGGUCUCAGAUCUCCGACGGCAGAACCGAGUGCCAGGAGUUCGCAGAUACCUCAGAGGCAGCUGAAACGAUCCAACAGCACCGAUACCAAUUGCAGCACCUCCUCCACCCUCACUUCCGGUUCUCAGGCAAGCGCAGAGUCUCUGUCCAGGAGGGUAUUGAAACCGCAGAGCGUGGAGGCCAUCAAUCGCAAGAAUAUCCUGGCCAGCGCCAGAUGUCGCAGCGGCAGGGACCUGAAUGGAUCGCCGUUGAUCCAGAGGAAAUUUGCCGACGACGACAGCCGAUCGACGAUCGCUGAGAACGGCGAGGACCCGUACCAGAAGAAUCGCGUCAAGGACUCCGUGUCGAACGCCCAGGACGUGAAGAUCGCUUACAUCGAGGUGACAGACUCGUUCGGGGAAGACGACUCCUUCCAUAAGGAGCCCGAAGAGUCCAAGUUACCCGCGAAGAGAAGCGUAACGUCCUCGACCGUCAGGCCGUCGAAAUUCGAGGCGAUGGAACCAUCCAACGACUUGAAAAUGUGGGUUCGCACCGAGGCGAAAGCUCUGGUCAAGUCGGUCGAAGAGAAGACGGCCAACAAGAUGGAGAAGAAAUCGGCUGACGUCGAUGCUGCUUCCCUGGAGAGCAAUCUGAAGAAUAACAAGUCUGGUCUAAUGGAGGAGCAACAAAUCGGUUGCUCGAUCGAGCUGUCAUCGAGCAAUAGGCGAAAGCAAUCGAACGAAAACGAGUCUGAACUGUUGCGGAUCUCGAAGCAACGCUCUGCUCCAGCCAUACCUCCGAAAAAGUAUGCCGAGGAUCAGAACGAUCUUCUGACGAUCCUCACGACCAAGAGCAGAUCUAGAUCAGCGAUACACGUGGAUGCCGGAAGCUUCGGUCGGUCCAAGAGUCAGAUGAGCCUGGAAGAUAUCCUGAGCGCCAAGGCUGACUCGAAGAUAUCGCGAAUUCAGAACAACGAAACGAGAACGGAGAAGAACAGUGGUCUGUCUGGCAUGCAGAGCAGACCUCUGUGGGAGACCAGGGACAAUCGAUACGCGAGGAGGAGCUCGACGACGUUGAACGAGUACUGGAACGAGGAUAAGCCGUUCUCCAAGAUGGCGAGCUUGGGAAAGUCGAGGCUAGCCGAUAGCAGCGGGGACGAAAUGACGGAGACUGACAAGUCGAAAUCGUUGCUGUCCAAGAUUCCGACCACGAGGAAUCUUGGUCGAAGGAGCUCCAGUGUGACGGACAUGAAAAAGGCCCUGGAAGUGAACUGUUCCACCGGUUCACAUCAGUCGGUCGGAAUUGCUCAUAACCGGUUUCCCAGUCUAGACAGCAGCGUGGAUGAAAAUGUGUCCCCAGUUGGAACGGACGUGGACACGGACAGAUGUUGCAGCGAGCAAUUUGGGAGUAUCAGUUCAUUGGCCAGUAGUACCAGUUUGAUCUCGCAACAGGAACUGGCGCAAUUGGUGGAAGAGGCGAGUCUAGAAGAGACUCGAGGUGCUCACGACGUGAUCGUCGUGCUGCUUCACAAGGAGAAUCCUUCUGGUAGCGUUGGGAUCACUCUAGCCGGCGGAGCGGACUGCGAGAUCAAGGAAAUCAGCAUCCAUCGAGUAUUAGCCCAUUCUAUUGCCGACAAGGAUGGUCGUGUACAAAGAGGAGACAGAAUUCUGAGCAUAAACGGCAGGAGCACGCAAGGUCUGACACACAGGGAAAGCAUAGCGGUGCUGAAGCAACCAAGAUCGGAGGUUGUUUUGGUUGUCUCUCGAUCGAGGACGGAGGAGGGUUGUAAAUUGAAGUCACGGACAGCAAGCGUCGAAACUAUUAUCGAAGGAUUCGAGACGAACGACGUUGCCGAGGACACUGCGUGGGGUCCACCGUCCGUCGUAGCAGUUUACAAGGAUGGAACUGGUUUGGGAUUCAGCCUCGAAGGAGGCAGAGAUAGUCCCCUUGGAGACAGACCGUUGCUGAUCAAAAAGAUAUUUACCGGAGGUGCUGCUGAGAAAACAGGUGCCUUAAAGGCAGGGGACCAAUUAUUAGAAGUGAACGGAUACGAUGUGACACGCAUGUCAAGAAUCGAAGCGUGGUCCCUCAUGAAGAAACUACACGAUGGCGAAGUAAACCUCCUAGUCAGGCACCCUGCCAUCAAAUCAUCGUGAAUGAUAGUCAGUUAAACUAAACGUGUCCAACGAACCUGACGACGAUAUAAAUGCAAUAUUAUUAUCAUACAACGAACUUCGAAUGUGAGAAGUGCAAUGGCUCCAUAGCAUACAAUUUUCGUAUUGAAUUCGAACGAUGCAAUGCGUGUCGCUUCGACGAUCUCUUGAUAAUUAUAUUUCGUCUUCGAAAUUACAUUCUAU